AUGUCCGCUGAAGCUCUCGCAAACCCGCUGACCCGGGCCGAGUCCAAGAGCUCGAGAAAGAAGAAGACCAAGACCACCACCGCUUCCGAAAAUGUUUCCAGCGCUGCCUCCACGACACCCACUGCUGAGCAACCUGCUACUCCUAUCUCUGCAGAGCCGACCGUCAACGGUCAGGAGGGCGAGGAGAACCCUUACCUUAGGGAGCUGUUCAAGAACAUUCGCAAUGUGAAUAAAAAGCUGAAUGCUACCCAAAAGGUCGAUAGCAUCAUUGCCGAGAACCCUGACAUAUCCCUGGACGAGCUAGUCGCCACACGCAAGAUCAACAAUGACCAGAAGACCCAAGCCUUGAAGAAACCCGCCCUGCAAGCCAGCCUAGCUCAGCUCGAAGAACAGGUUUCGCACUACAAGAAAUUUGACCAGGAGUAUCAAACCCGGAUGGCUACUGAGAAGGCUCUUCUUGAGUCGACGCAUAAAAAGGAGAUGGGCGAGCUCAAGGAUGCUAUCCGCGCUGAAGCUAAAGCAGAGGCAGAAAAGGAUGACAAAGAACGACUUCUGGUCUUCUCCAAGUUCUUGAGGGCGGCUGCUGCGAAGAGACAGUUUAUUGAUGAAGAGACUGAGGAAUCCAAAGCGUUUGAGGGUGUUUUGCUUCUGGUCUAUGGCGGCGACGCUUCUGCCGUGGCCUCCAUUGAGCGUCUGAUUGACGGCACUGCUGACCAGGUUACUGCCACCGAUGGCACUCUCCUCAACUAUACUUUCCAACAAGUCAAGCAGGCUUCUCUUGAAUAUGCUCCCUUUGCCGCUGAAGAAGCUUGGGCUGAAGGUGUUGCUCAGUCCGAGCCUGCUCCUUUGGCUGAUGCCUCCAUCGAAGCUCCUCAAAUCUCUGCCAGCCAGCCUAUUGGAACUGAUCCGACCACUGCUCAUGCUGGAUUAACCGAAAUUACUGCCGGAGAGGGUGCUAUUUCCGCCAACGCCGAGAUCGAGGGCUCACACAUUCCCAUACAGACUACUAUUGAUGAGACUGCCGCCAACGCAGCUGCCGACUCUCACUGGGAUACUAAACUGUCCGCUUCCGCUGAGUCUGGACCAGACGGCUGGGUUCAGGUGCCUCGCGACCCUGCGGAAACUGAGACUGGCACCGAUGCUACUCCUGCAGCCAACCAUGGCCAGCAAAGCUGGGCGGACGACCACCCUGCUCAGAAUGUUCCCAAUGUUGUCCAGCCCUCCGGAACAGGCUCUACUAACGGCAGUGAUGGUUUCCACGAGGUGCACCAUGGUCGGGGUGGACGCGGACGCGGCGGCUUUCAGGGCGAGUCUCGCGGCGGACGUGGACGUGGUGGGUUCCGAGGUGAGGGAGGUGGAUACAGGGGUCGAGGAGGGUACAGAGGCGAUCGCGAGGGCGGCUACCGUGGUCGUGGACGCGGCGGACGUGGCGGUCGUGGCCGCGAUGCACCUGCCCCUGCACCUGCGGCUGCUCAGUAG